UAAGAAUUGCCAAAUCACAAACCAUCAUGUGCUGACCAAACUAAUAAUUCAUUUGUAUUUAUACAAUAAUUCUUUUGUAUUUAUAUUCACAAAUAUAAAACUAAAGUAUUGAUGGUGACAUCUGAGAGCGAGAAUCUGAUCCUCAAAAUCCUUUUGUUUUUAGAUUAUAAUAGUUUUGUCAUGUCGUGAAAAAUAUUAACAAAUUGACUUAUGCUUUAACAGUGGUUUACACGAUUGAAUUUAAGAAAAGUGGGUUGCCUCAUGCCCAUAUUUUGUUGUGACUGUCGCUUGAGGAUAAGUUCUUGGCCCCCAAGGAUAUUGAUAGGGUGUUAUCUUCUGAAAUUUCGGAUAUUAACCGUGACCCGAUGUAUUAUGGAGCAGUUAGGGAUUUUAUGAUGCAUGACCCUUGCGGUGGAGUUGUCAAGUCUGCGCCUUGCAUGGUUGAUGGUAAGUGUACCAAACACUUUCCCAAAAAAUUGUGUGCUGAAACAUUAGUUGACGACGACGGUUACCCCGUGUAUAAGCGUGGUAGUAAUGGUUGUGUAAUCCGUAAGAACAAUGUUGAUUUAGACAAUAUGUUUGUUGUUCUGCAUAUUUGUUGAUGAAAUAUGAUGCCCAUAUGAAUGUUGAGUGGUGUAAUCAAUCAAGGCCGAUCAAAUAUUUGUUCAAGUACAUAAACAAAGGGCGUGAUCGGGUAACAUCUGCAUUUUACCAUACCGUGGAUGGUGAUACUCAGCAUAAGUCGAUUGACGAGAUUCGAAUGUAUUAUGAUUAUAGGUACAUUUCCCCGUGUGAGGCUGCUUCGAGAGUGCUUGGUUUUUAAAUUCAACACAAAAACCCGGUAGUAGAGCGUUUGAGCUCUCAUUUGCCCCCCAGAAUCUGUCGUGUCUCAUGAUGAUCAACCCCUCGAAUUAUUGGUAAAUGCAUCAUCGGUUAAGGAUAGUAUGUUCACGGCAUGGAUGGAGGCCAAUAAAAAUACCCCGAAGCAAGAUCGUUGACGUAUGUCGAGUUUCAUCAGAAGUUCGUUUGGAAGAAAGUAACAAAGGAAUGGACUCGAAGAAAAGGACUUUUGUUAUUGGCAGAAUUUAUUAUGUACAUCCCAGUAGCGGUGAAUCUUAUUACAGUAGAAGAUUUGAGAAUGGUAGAUGGUGUAACAUAUGUUUCAUUUCGUGAGGCAUGUUAUGCGUUGGGAUUGCUAGAUGAUGAUAAGCAAUUCAUUUAUGCUUUCAAGGAAGCUAGCCUCUCAUCAGCCUUUUAUAUGAGGAUUUUAUUUGUUAUUUUGUUAUGGACAAAGUCCAUGGCUUGCCCGGACUUUGUUUGGCAACAUUGUUGGACGUUCAUGAAGGAUGACAUACAACACACGCGGAGGCGAAUAUUGCAGCAUCCAGAUCUAAUUUUAUCGGCUGAGCAAUUGGAGAAAUUUGCUUUGGAAGAAUUAGAAUGAUUGUUACAAGGUCGAGGAGAGAGUGUUAGUAUAUAUGUCCUAUCG